UCUCGGCAGGUGUGCGACGACCCAGAGGAGCUGCGGAGGAAGGUCCAGGAGUUGGCCGGCGCCGUCCGCAAUGCCAAAUACUUAGUGGUCUACACCGGCGCGGGCAUCAGCACGGCAGCCUCUAUCCCAGAUUACCGGGGCCCUAAUGGUGUGUGGACACUGCUUCAGAAAGGGAGAAAUGUGAGUGCUACCGACCUGAGUGAAGCAGAGCCUACGCUCACCCACAUGAGUAUUGCUUGUUUACAUGAACAAAAGCUGGUACAGCACGUGGUGUCUCAAAAUUGUGACGGGCUCCAUCUGCGAAGUGGGCUGCCACGCACCGCCAUCUCAGAGCUCCACGGGAACAUGUACAUUGAAGUCUGCACCUCCUGCAUCCCCAACAGGGAGUAUGUGCGUGUAUUUGAUGUGACAGAACGCACUGCUCUCCACCGACACCAGACAGGCCGGACCUGCCACAAGUGUGGGGCUCAGCUCCGGGAUACCAUUGUGCACUUUGGAGAGAGGGGAACUUUGGGGCAGCCUCUGAACUGGGAGGCCGCAACAGAGGCUGCAAGCAAAGCAGACACGAUCUUGUGUUUAGGGUCCAGCUUGAAGGUUCUAAAGAAGUAUCCUCGCCUCUGGUGCAUGACCAAGCCCCCCAGCCGGCGGCCCAAGCUCUACAUUGUGAACCUGCAGUGGACCCCGAAGGAUGACUGGGCUGCCUUGAAGCUUCAUGGGAAAUGUGAUGAUGUCAUGCAGCUCCUCAUGGACGAGCUGGGCCUAGAGAUCCCCCUCUACAACAGGUGGCAGGACCCAAUCUUCUCCCUGGCGACUCCCCUUCGAGCUGGUGAAGAAGGCAGCCACAGUCGGAAGUCAUUGUGCCGAAGCAGAGAGGAGGCCCCGCCUGGGGACCGGGGUGCCCCACUUACCUCAGGCCCCAUCCUAGGGGGCUGGUUUGGCAGGGGCUGUGCCAAACGUGCAAAAAGGAAGAAAGCCACAUAACCUGGUGUUGAUGAAGAUAAUUGGCACUUUGCAGAUGGCUGGAACUCUUGUUCAGGGGCCAGUGUCACAGUCAAGGCCAGGUUGCCCCCAAAGGGUCUAGUGGGAAGAACUGGGGGUGACAGGUCACCUUGACGUUUUUUAGCCAUUUGUCUGUCCUUGUGGGAAGCCCCCUUGCACUGCACAGUUGCCCCCAUUAUGGGCUUGACCAUCCAGGACAUCCCCUCUCUAUACAAGAGGUGGCAGCAGGCCUUUCUGGGAGGACAGAGCUGGGUCCAUCCCAGCCUGGUCGGCAGAGGAGCCCAUGGCUGCCUUACCUCACUCACCAGGCUACUCUCAGGGCCUCCCCAGUUUCUACUCCUUACUAAAAAGCUGACUUUAUAGAGAUCUCUGUUGGGUAUGCGGCAAAGGGGCGGUUCUGAGCCUUGGCUCGGAGCAGACCUUUAUUAAACAUUUCUGCACUGUGUU